AGGAACCUGCUGUCUCGAACACGAUAUUCAUGGAGAGAGUUGGCGCAUGUAAAGAACCUUAUAAGGCUGUUGAAACUCCUUUGGUGAACCUAAAAAUAACACAUUUUAAUAGAACUAUGAAACUCCUGAGCUAUGAUGUUACAUUCAAAAGACCGAUCGACGAAAAUCUUGAGUGUAUUAUCCAUGUAGAAAAACUAACAGAUUUGGGAUGGAGAAAAUUAUUGUUUCUCCCCAAAAUCAGAAACAUUUGCGAAUUUGGCAUGAAUUACUACAGGCAGCAAUACAUCCCUCUCGUUACAGCUCUAGGAGUGGUGAAUCCUGAUAAAUGCCCAAUACCUGCUGGAUCGUACAGCCUGAAGAACUUCCCCUUAGACACUUCUGUCACCCAGAACAUUCCACCACUUAUGAGAGGUCGAACAGUUACGACGAUGAUCCUUCAGGAACCCAAAAAGAAGAUAUUGGUGCAUUGCUUGGAAUUCACUAUGAUCAUCGAGUAGAACUUUCGUCGAAAACAAAAUAUCUAAGUAAUAAUUAAAAUUGUAUGAAG